GUUCGGCUCCCCUCGCUCGAUCUAGCAGAGGGGAAACAGACAUGGAGAGCUCGCCGCCCACCAUCACCGUCCACGUGAAGUUCGCCGGCCGAACAAUUCCGGUGGUGGUUUCGGCGUCCGCCUCCACGGCGGAACUUAAGCUCCUCCUCCAGCCGCUCACCAACGUCCUCCCCCGCGGCCAGAGGCUCAUUUGCAAAGGAAGAGUUCUCGUGGAAGCAGCGAGCCUGAGCUCGAUGCAGGUGGGUAACGGAUCCAAGGUUAUGCUCAUCGCUUCGGAGGGUCUCCAUCAGGGGGACGGUCCUAUCACUAAGAAUAGCAGUGGUCCGGCAGCAAGUGCAAAGAGGAUCUCAAAUGUUAAGGAAAAUCACACACAAAAACAGGAGAUUGUCAGCAAAAACCGAGCGGAGCGAUGGAAGAUAACAGGUGUUAUUGCAUUAUCUGAUUCCAGCUUAAAGGCAGUACCUGAAGAAGUCUGGGACUGUGGCUCCUCAGUACGAGUACUAGAUGUCUGUAACAACUCUAUUGAAGCAAUUCCACGGAAAAUUGUUGCCCUUAAAUCAUUAAAUAAAUUGUUGGUAACUGCCAAUGAUAUAUCUGAUGAGGGAAUCUGCUGGGAAGGUCUAUCACGUGUUCAGGGACUAAUAGUUUUAUCUUUAAGCCAAAAUCGAUUGGUUACUUUACCUCCGAGUUUGGGCUCAUUGACCUUUCUACGUGAACUUCGCAUUGCAAAUAACAUGCUUGGUAACCUACCUGUUGAAAUAGGUUUGCUGAAGCAGCUAGAGAUCUUGAUAGCAAAUAAUAAUAGGAUAACGUUGUUGCCUUCCUCUAUAGGAGACUGUGAAUCUCUCAUUGAGGUUAACUUAUCAUCAAAUCUUUUAGCUGAGCUACCAGAGGCUUUUGGAAACCUUCAAAAUCUAAAGACUUUGAUUAUAAGGAAUAAUGGUCUUAAUUCCUUACCAUCAACUUUAUUCAAGAAGUGCUGGCGGCUGACCACACUUGAUCUCCAUGGCACUGGAAUCACAAAUGAUAUUCUUCGACAGGUUGAGGGCUGGGAGGAGUUUGAUGAACGUAGGCGGCAGAAGUAUCAAAAGCAGCUGGAUUUCCGUGUGGGAUCAUCAGGCGUCUUCGAUGAAGGUGCGGAUGAUAGCGACAGGCGUUCAUAAUUGCUUCACUUGCCAUGUGAUUUUCUGUCUCUUGAACAAACCAAGAGCUGAUGUUAAUCCUAACAUUGUGGAUGCAUACCUGUGUUUUCUUCUCGUUUUUCAUCACGCUUUAAGACCAAGAGAUGGAAAAGGGUGGUUACUCUUUAGUCACUAGUAAUAUUCGCAUGUAUUGUAGCUUCUAAUGCUUACAUAAAAGUAAAAAACUGGAUAUGGUCUA